UUUCACACACACCCCUCAUCUCUGAUCCACCCUGCCCGUCCAGGAGACUCCCCAUCCAUCCCAGCACACUGGGCUGGAAUAAGACGCUACACCGUAACGGCCCAUCUCAAGCUUUCGCAUAUCACAAAAAGAUAUUCCCGGAUUUUAGACGAACGAUACGAUGCGCCUUUGCAAAUACACUGUGGAUGUAGAGAUGUUUGGUCGCGUCUGAUUGCUGGUAUUUUUUCACCUGAGAUUAACGUUGCCACGAUGCCAAAGCCAGGGACGCUCCGGCUUUGAUGAGACUGGUGCUGGAUUUUAAAAAGGUGUCAAAAACAGGCAUCAAACACAAGACUGGACCACAAACAGAGGCGUCAUUUUGCGGGCAGCAUGGCUGUGAACAUGAUGCCAGCUCCCACCGUUUGGCCAGGGGAGGAACAACCGUCGCUGCUGGACCAGGAGGGCUCUCUGUCGAGUCAAGCCUCCAUCUCUGUGCCAUGCCCACCAGUCAUAGGUGAACAUUUCAUCCACAGCGGCAGCAGCCCAGCCAGCACACGGCCCCCCCUCAGCAAAUCCAAAGGAGAGCUAGUCAUAGUCAUCAACGAGAAACUGAAGAACAGUAUAGGUAAUGGGAUACACCCAGCGCCCGCAGAGAGCACCUCUCCAGUCAUCUCCUCUCCUCCCAGAAGACAACACUCCAUCUCUUACCCUCAUCACGGCAAGACCAGAAAGGGGAGCAGGGCUGGCUCCAUUGGCUACACCUCCUUUUCACCCAGGCCGUCGAUUUCUCGCCACUCCAGCAUCGCCACCAACCCACCCUUGGACCGGACCAAGGUUAAAGACUACCUCCUCCUGUCUGUUCUGGCCUGCUUCUGCCCCGUCUGGCCCAUAAACAUUGUAGGAUUUGUCUACUCCAUCAUGUCCAAGAACAGUCUCGAGCAGGGAAACCUGGAUGGUGCUGUGCGCCUAGGACGUGUGGCCAAGAUGCUCUCCAUGGUAUCACUAGUAGGAGGGACCGUCAUUAUCAUCGCCUGCAUUAUCAACCUGGCCAUAAAUGUGAAAACCUGAGUUUCAUCCCAGGAUGAAACUGGAUAAGGCAACUGACCGUCUGGCCCACACCUGCACCACCGUCUUUACCGCCUAGUACCUGGAUGUGAGACAAAUAUGCACCCGAUAUACAGUGCUUACCUAUAUUUCUGUAAUCUAUAUAAAUCCCUUUUGCUAAUGGAAGAAAAUAUCAUAUGCAAAUACUGCUGCUCCCAGUCAGGGUUGGGGAGGAUUUGUGUGUCUGAAAUUAGAUGGGGAAGGGAGUAAAUAGUCGGACUAAUCAGUCCCUUCAUAUUCUGGUCAACACAUGCAGAACGACUCUUGAGAAAGACACAGCAUCUUCAAGAAUCCCAUCACCACCCGGAGAACUGACUCAAACAAGGUGGACUAGAAAAGAGUCCAGUGGAGGUGGUUACAGAAGGUGAAACAGGAAAGAUUGCCUCCCAGCUUCAGUGCCACAUGUAAGUCCCAACAAAAUGUCCGCCAAGUCCAUCCUUCACUGCACCGACGACAGGACGCAUCAGAGUUUCAGCUUGCCGUUAAAUCCCCUCGGAUACGUGGAGAGGCUCGGGGAUUUGUGUGGCAUUGUAAUCACAAAGCAGAAAUUCCUCCAUUUCCCUCAUAGAGAAGAAGCACUUUCAAUCACAGUGUGUCCUCUCGUUCCAGACUCUCCUCUGUGGUUCUCAUGACUCCUGCCAUACAUCUUGUGUUUGAGAAGUGAGCGUACGGGUGGCAAAAGAGGAUGAAAAAGAGGCUUACGGAGGACUAGCUAUGGGUGCUAAAGUGGAAGGGAUUAUGGAAAGUCUCACACAGAAGGCACAGUCAUCACUGCGAGGAAAAAUAUGUGCCAAAAAAAGAAAUUAGUGGGAAAGUUUCUUGCAUUGUCAAGACCCAACUCUGAUCACAGUAUUGUUGUUGUAGAGAGGAACAUCAAAAGUGCUUUUACUCUGCUGCAACUUUACUGUAUAUCCACUCAAUACCACUGAGCACUGUGAGCAGGCGAAAGGGUAUAUGUUCACAAAAAACCCUGUGUAGCAACAUACUUCAAAUAUUCAUCUUACAGCGGAGCUAAUUAUGCUCCGUCAUCUAUAACCUACCUUUUGAUAAUAUUUGUAAAAGAUCAUUUUGAAACAGAAGAAGACUUGUAGUGUGAUGCAACUUCCAGUGCUGUGCCGCAGCUGACAGAUGGUGGUAGUAUUUUAUGCAUAUGGGGCAUCACGAUUUGGCUAACAAAUUAAAUAGCUCAUGAUUGCAGUCAGGGCUGCGGCUCUAGCCUCAAUCUGCAUCCACAGGUUGCCUGUACAUUCAAACCAAACAGAUGGUGGCAUUUUCUGUCCCUUGAAAUACUCCUAAAACAGUUGAUUUUUACUUGGAUUGGUCAGCAAUGAAACAGCUUGAUAUAUGCCCAUUUUGUUGUCAAACACAGCAGGAAGAUCUUUUGAUGGACUAUUUGUAAAACACUGGUUCAGACAUGGUUUAAUGGGUGUGAGAUAUGAGUAACAGUGUGAUAGCAGUACAGUGAAGGACUGGUUUUAAAUUAUUAUUAUAAUUAUUAUUUGAUCUCCUGUGUAUCCUUACCUAACCUCUAAUUCUUAUCUACCUGUGAUUCUCACUGUGACCUAAAACAACCGGGUUUCAUCGAGAGUGGAUAAAACUCUCCUUAUUUACAGUAUCCUGGAUUUCGAAUCAUGUAAAGAAACGCCGCGAUUUCAGAGUCUCAUAAGUUCACACCUGCAGAUAAUUUUCUGUAAUGAUUGGUAUGGCAUUUUUUUCCCCCUCUGUUACUACUUAAUAUGUAAAUUUAAUUGUAAUCAACAGUUGGUGUAAUCUGCAGAUACAGAUCUCAAUAUUGUGAUAAUUUGUCUAGUUGAUAUGAGUUAGUAUUAAGUAGUCAUGAUCUAACGUAGGCAGAAGCUGUCGGCCAGCCUCCUGACAGUCAUUGUAUUACCACCGGGCUUCUAUAAUCUUUGUGGUUAUUGGCAUGUUGUGGAUUCUUAUUAAUGUCUGAUGAUAGAAGUUUGAAAAAUACAAAGAUAAGCUGGCACAUGGAAUAUUAUACGUCCGCAGCACAUUCAUAAUAAAGACACAA